AUGUCAGUCAUCCCGAUAUUUUGCACGGCUGACGUGCCGGCAAGUGUACUAAAUCGUCUCAUUGAAGAAUCCACUCGGCCAAAGGACGCUACAAACAUGUUUUCCUUGAUCCGCUGCCCUACUCAAGAGGUUAUCGAUCUCUACGGGACCGAUCCUCCGAUUGAGGCCUUUGAGACGGGUUUCAGGGACCAAAGUGAUGAUGAGAUCCACCAUUUCGUCCAGCGACUUUUUGCAGAGGGAAGAGGGGGUUGUUUUCUCGAACAAAGAUGGUUUGCUAUCUUAGAUGGUGAAGCUGCUAGCCAGUCUGCGUUGGUUCUGUAUCAUGGCAGGAAGAAAUCCCUCUGGGACAAGAACCGUGAAGACCCCGAGAGGGACUCUACGAUACCCGGGGAGCAUAGGAUCCGUGAUGAUGGUUUUAUCUGGUGGCAGUGGCGCAUACCAUUUCGGUUUGCGUGGGCUUUCUUUAUUGACGUUGAAUACUGCUCGGAAAAAGUCCUCGAACUGUACUCACGGCCUGAAUACCGGGCCUUGGAUGGGAUUGUUGAUGCCGAGACCUGCCACAAGAUUGUCAAGGCAAAAUUGCCAAAUCCAAAGGGGGUUAUAUAA